GAGAGAGAGAACGACGACAGAGAGAGAGAGAACGACGACAGAGAGAGAGAGAGAACGACAGAGAGAGAACGACAGAGAGAACAACGACACAGAGAACAACGACACAGAGAACAACGACACAGAGAACAACGACACAGAGAACAACGACACAGAGAACAACGACACAGAGAACAACGACACAGAGAACAACGACACAGAGAACAACGACACAGAGAACAACGACACAGAGAACAACGACACAGAGAACAACGACACAGAGAACAACGACACAGAGAACAACGACACAGAGAACAACGACACAGAGAACAACGACACAGAGAACAACGACACAGAGAACAACGACACAGAGAACAACGACACAGAGAACAACGACACAGAGAACAACGACACAGAGAACAACGACACAGAGAACAACGACACAGAGAACAACGACACAGAGAACAACGACACAGAGAACAACGACACAGAGAACAACGACAGAGGGAGCAACGACAGAGGGAGCAACGACAGAGGGAGCAACGACAGAGGGAGCAACGACAGAGGGAGCAACGACAGAGGGAGCAACGACAGAGGGAGCAACGACAGAGGGAGCAACGACAGAGGGAGCAACGACAGAGGGAGCAACGACAGAGGGAGCAACGACAGAGGGAGCAACGACAGAGGGAGCAACGACAGAGGGAGCAACGACAGAGGGAGCAACGACAGAGGGAGCAACGACAGAGGGAGCAACGACAGAGGGAGCAACGACAGAGGGAGCAACGACACAGAGAGAGAGAGCGACGACACAGAGAGAGAGAGCGACGACACAGAGAGAGCGACGACAGAGAGAGAGAGAGAGAGCGACGACACAGAGAGAGAGAGCGACGACACAGAGAGAGCGACGACACAGAGAGAGAGCGACGACACAGAGAGAGAGCG